AGAUCUUACGAAUUUAAAAUAAGGCGAAGAUAGGAGACGGUUCUUUACCAGACGAACGUUUACCGGCGUUUUCAAGUGGGAUCUUGGCAGCUGCGUAUAUCAGAAGUAACAGGAUUUGGAGCUGUCAAAGAACUGUGUGAUUCAAUAUGGCUUGGGUACCUUUAGAAUCAAAUCCAGAGGUUAUGACGAAGUUCCUCCACAAGUUGGGCGUUCCAAAGAAAUGGUCGAUCAUAGAUGUAUACGGUUUAGAUCCGGAAUUAUUGGCGAUCAUCCCUAAACCAGUCUUGUCUGUUAUUUUGCUUUAUCCUGUCACUAUAAAGAAUGAAAAGACUGAAGAAGAGGAGGAAUCAGCUAAAGAUAAAAGUGACACCCCGGAUAUUGUUUAUCAUAUGAAGCAAUAUGUCUCGAAUGCUUGUGGAACAAUUGCAUUAGUUCAUAGUGUAGCUAAUAAUUUGGAUGUUUUACAGUUAGAGGACGGUUUUCUCAAGACAUUUUUGGAUGAGACCAAAGGACUACCAUCUUCUGAACGUGGAGAACGUUUAAUAAAUGCACAAGGCAUCAUUGAUACUCACAUGGAGUCUGCCCAAGAAGGACAAACUGAGGCACCUGGUGAAGAUAUGGAAGUAUACCACCAUUUCAUUGCAUUUGUACAUAAGGAUGGCUCCCUGUAUGAACUAGACGGUCGAAAACCUAUCCCUAUCAAUCACGGUUCGACCUCAUUGGAAACGCUGCUGGAGGAUGCCGCUCGUGUCUGCAAGGAUUACAUGGCGCGUGAUCCCGAGGAAGUGCGUUUUACGGUGGUCGCGCUCGCUGCCACAGAAUAGACGACGCUCUUGUCCCGAGUGCAUUUGCCUCUAAAGCUAACUUAAGUUCGAUUAAUUUAUUUCGUAUAUGGACCUCAUACAUUUUGCGCUUCGGCAACGCAUUUAUUUCGUUCAAUUGUAGCUUUUCUAUGCAAUAUGUGGCAUAUUGAGAGAGAUUGAUGUUUAGAAAUGAUAAAAAAUGAAAGAAUAUUCAAAAGAAGCUUACACGCGCAGUUAUUCAUUGCAGAAGUUUGUUUUUAUUUAACGAAUCCUACGACUUACCAGAUCCUCAAUCUGUCGCAUAGAUUUUACAGCUUUAGAGCUUAAUAGAGCCGAAAAUAUAAACGGCAAUUUGGCGACGAACUCAAUGCAGAUUGCCAUUAAUUGCAGUUGCAUUAACCUCGAAUAUCGUUGGCAGAAUUUUCAGACGUGAUAUACGACAACGAAUUGGCGACAAAACCGAAUAGAUCAGCCUUGUUGACAUCGUCGAAUAUGGCAUGCGUACGCCCGUAUCCAAAUUCGUCGUUCUUUUGCCGACAAUACUCGAAGUAGACGAUUUACGAAACCUGCUCUAGAGGAGCUCGUCUGUGCGGGGAUAUUUUCGAACACUGAAAGAGGCAGGAAAAAUAGAAAACUGAGUGACGCGAGAUGCUGUCGAGAGACAACAAACUACAGAAUAUGCAUUGAUUAAAGUCCUCGUGCUUUACAUAACCAGACGAGCGCGUGCCAGAGCGAGUUUUAGUCUGCGCGCGAGUCUGAAUCGACGAUAAAUCGAUAUCAGGUUUGAUACGCAUUGUUACUCCCCUCACAAAAAUAUUCCAACGUUUUUCUUCCAACUUCUCAUGUCAUGUAGCCCAUUUUGACCCAUUUUAACCCGUUCUUCGUAUCAUUUUUAUGUUCACUUAAUGCACUCUUAGAGACGCGCAGUCUGUUAAGCAAAGGAAUAUGAUGAGUACACGCUAGUAUGCAUGAGUUUUUGAGCAGAUCGACCGUUUUAAAUACUCAUUCUCCAACCGAUGAAUGACGGCGUGUUAAUACGUUCUUCUUAUAUUUAGCUUCGUUUCAAUAUGUUAAAGUGUCGUCCAUUUACUCGUGCUAUUUCAAGAUGUACAAUGUGAAUGUUUGUGUUAAACAAGUAAUUUGUACUCGUAGCUAGUGAUGUGAUAUUACUGACAUAAUACUGGUAUCGACAUUUUUUUUUCAAUAUCGGCUAGUUUUGCAUCGAUAUUCUCUCGAUAUUUCGAUAUUGUUUUUUUUUUAUUUUUUACUCAGUUGAUUUUCUAGAUAUUAUGUAUUUUUGCUUCAUGAAAAUUAGUGUAACAUGCAAUUUACGUUUUAAACCUAUCUUCUUUCAUGAUUUCUAUUACGUUAAGUUUGCAGUUAUUUAUUGAUUGCUGAAAUGAAAUAAAAUAAUCCGGACAUUUUUAUAAGUAUGCGGAGUCAAUCACGAAUGUCAUUCUAUGCGUAUAUUGUUUUAUUUCCAUAUAUACUGACAUAAACUGACGCUUCUGAUGUCAUCAAAUAAGGACAGUCAUAGCGAGAACAGAGGGUCUUAAGGCUCUGGAAUAGUCGCUGUGACUGUCCUCGUUUAAUAACGUCAGAAGUGAGAGAACAUAUUCCAUGAUUUUUUGUGUUAUAUUUUCAAAUAAAAAGUUGUAUCUACAAAAUGAUAUUUUUGAUCGAUUCAGCAAACUUGUAAAAUUGGACAAACACUUUUCUUUUAUUCGAACAAUCAAUGAAUAAUCGUAAAAAUAAUAUUAACAAAAUCAUAAGAAAAAAGGUUCAAAAAGAAGGUUCUAUGUCAAGUUGAUUUUACGACUAUUUAUUGAUUGUUCGAGUAAAAGAAAAGUGUUCGUCCAAUUUUACAAAUACUCAUAAUAAUACGUUAAUAUCAUUUUGAUAUAUUCGUAAUCCGCUAUAAUUAUUCAUUAUUCAUUGGAAAAUGCCCCUUUCCGAUGUCAAAACAGGGUCAUACUCUCUCAACCGAACGCACGCUUUCAUUACUUUAACAGUUUACGCGGGCUAAAAACAAUGAAAUAUAUCUUUAAGGAUCGGUAAUAUUCGUUUUUGACGAUGAGUACUUCAUUUAUAGGGUGUAUAGGACAAAACGAAUUUUGUAUCUUGAAGAAACAUUCGCUUGUCAAUAUUCAGUCUCUAAUCAAAAGACUGCGAAGGUGAAACGAUAAUAAAUGUAUCAGUACGAUUUAAUUGUUUUUAAAUAAAUUUAUUAUAUGUUUU